CCUUGGGCGCAUGGGAUCUUGGUGGCUAAGGGGACAGGGUUGAAUGAAAAGUUCCGCAAGACUCUCAGAAGUCACCGCCUGAACAGCAAACCUGAAUAACCGGGACAGACGUAAGGUCGGGCGACUUUCAGUGGUUCCCGCCUGCCCACGCUGCAGGUUUUUCAGGUCCCUGCUUGACCGUCACUCCCAGGCGUAAAUAAACGUGCGAUCAGCAGCCGUGUCAGCCAGCAGGCUAUUUAAGCAGGCACCAGCAUCUGCUGCUCCCCAGCCCAGCGCUCGCCCAGUCUUCAUACGCUCACGGACCAUGUCGGCGCAGACUGCGAGCGGCCCCACGGAGGACCAGGUGGAGAUCCUGGAGUACAACUUCAACAAGGUCAACAAGCACCCCGACCCCACCACGCUGUGCCUCAUCGCAGCCGAGGCGGGCCUCACGGAGGAGCAGACGCAGAAAUGGUUUAAGCAGCGCCUGGCGGAGUGGCGGCGGUCAGAAGGCCUGCCUUCGGAAUGCAGAUCGGUCACGGACUAGGGAGCCAGGCCCUUGAGCUUGCUCCCGGAACUUCCGUGCCUCAGUUUACCCAGGCUGUUUUGAUGUUUCAGUGCAGUGUUGAAUGUCUCAUUGUUUGCUGUCCUGCUGUUUAACACAAUGUGUUUUUUGAAUGUAUAUAACUAAAGAAACAAAAUAACAGGAAGCUAAAUGCAGUUCUGUGUAAAGCGAUGGCUUGGCCGGGAGAGGGGUGUGGCUUACGUUUCUCUUUGGAUUUUAAUGAAAGAUGAUGUGGGAGCAGUUUUUGUUUGCCCUUGACCGCCACUUUCCAAUCCGUAUGUACCACCAUCCGUUUCAGAGCAUUCCAGAGCUGCCUGGCUUCUGUUGAGAAGUUAAAGGAACGGGCAGGCAGGGGAGACACCUCAGUCCACCUUCCUGUGCCUCUUUCCUCCGCUUCACUUAACACUCUGGUGGUUGGAUGAGAACACGGGUGUAUUUGAGUCAUUCAAUUUUUAUAUAUUUGAAAUAUAGAUAUAUAAAACAGUUCCUUCUCUUACAGCUGCGUUACCUUGGAAAACACCCUCGUUUAGCAGCGACAGAUUCCAAGGGGCAGAAAAGCAGGUAGCUAGGGAAAAAAAGUUACAGAGUCUAGAAUCUACCUUAUUUAAAUGAACUUGUUACAUUUAUUUUGCUGAAUAACAUGAACCGCUUUUUUUUGUCUCAAAAAUUAUAUUCUAAAUAAAAAACUUUGAGAAUCCA